CUGGAGUGAUUGAUGGGGAUGAGGAGCGGGCGCCCCGCGUGGUGGCUCCAACCUGUUUCUGCUCUUUAGCGUUUCUAGAAUAGACAGUGGGUGGGAACGACCCAAGUAAAGUACCGGAGGUUCUAACACUGACGCACAGGAAAGCCUCAAGUGGGAGGAGAAAUGCAAAUUCCCUCUGACGGAGGCGUCAGCGGCUAGGUCCUGGGGCGCCGCGCAGGGCGAUUCCGACCGUGGACGCGGGCAGAGGGAGCCAAGCAUGUCUCAGUGGAAUCAAGUCCAACAGUUAGAAAUAAAAUUUUUGGAGCAAGUUGAUCAAUUCUAUGAUGACAACUUUCCUAUGGAAAUUCGGCAUCUGCUGGCCCAGUGGAUUGAAAAUCAGGACUGGGAGGCAGCAUCUAACAAUGAAACCAUGGCAACAAUUCUUCUUCAAAACUUGUUAAUACAAUUGGAUGAACAGUUAGGCCGUGUUUCCAAAGAGAAAAACUUACUUUUAAUACACAAUCUGAAAAGAAUUAGGAAAGUCCUUCAGGGAAAAUUUCAUGGAAACCCAAUGCAUGUAGCUGUGGUCAUUUCAAAUUGUUUAAGGGAAGAGAGGAGAAUAUUGGCUGCCGCCAACAUGCCUGUUCAGGGACCUCUGGAGAAAUCCUUACAAAGUUCUUCAGUUUCAGAAAGACAGAGGAAUGUGGAGCACAAAGUGGCCGCCAUUAAAAACAGUGUGCAGAUGACAGAACAAGACACCAAAUAUUUAGAAGAUCUACAAGAUGAAUUUGAUUACAGGUAUAAAACAAUUCAGACAAUGGACCAGGGUGACAAGAACAGUGCCCUAAUGAAUCAGGAAGUUCUAACUCUGCAGGAAAUGCUGAACAGCCUGGACUUCAAAAGAAAGGAAGCCCUGAGUAAGAUGACACAAAUAGUGAAUGAGACGGACUUGUUAAUGAACAGCAUGCUGGUGGAGGAGCUGCAAGACUGGAAGAGGCGACAGCAAAUCGCCUGCAUUGGAGGUCCACUCCACAAUGGGCUUGACCAGCUUCAAAACUGCUUUACACUGUUGGCAGAAAGUCUGUUCCAACUCAGAAGGCAGUUGGAGAAAUUAGAGGAGCAAUCUACGAAAAUGACAUACGAAGGAGAUCCCAUCCCAUUGCAAAGAGCACAUCUGCUAGAAAGAGUCACCUUCUUGAUCUACAACCUCUUUAAGAACUCAUUUGUGGUUGAACGACAGCCAUGCAUGCCAACCCACCCUCAGAGGCCAAUGGUACUUAAGACUCUCAUCCAGUUUACUGUAAAGCUAAGACUGCUAAUAAAAUUACCAGAACUAAAUUAUCAGGUAAAGGUGAAAGCAUCAAUUGACAAGAAUGCUUCAACUCUAAGCAAUCGAAGAUUUGUACUUUGUGGAACUCAUGUCAAAGCCAUGUCCAUUGAAGAAUCUUCCAACGGGAGUCUGUCUGUAGAAUUUCGACAUUUGCAGCCAAAGGAAAUGAAGUCUAGUGCUGGAAACAAAGGAAAUGAGGGCUGUCACAUGGUGACUGAGGAGCUUCAUUCCAUAACAUUUGAGACACAGAUCUGCCUCUAUGGUCUGACCAUAGAUUUGGAGACCUGCUCAUUACCUGUGGUGAUGAUUUCCAAUGUCAGUCAGUUACCUAAUGCUUGGGCAUCCAUCAUUUGGUACAAUGUGUCAACCAGCGAUUCCCAGAACUUGAUUUUCUUUAAUAAUCCUCCAUCUGCCACUUUGAGUCAACUCCUGGAAGUAAUGAGCUGGCAGUUUUCAUCAUAUGUUGGUCGUGGCCUGAACUCAGAUCAGCUCAACAUGCUGGCCGAGAAGCUAACAGUCCAGUCUAGCUACAAUGAUGGUCAUCUCACCUGGGCCAAGUUCUGCAAGGAACACUUGCCUGGUAAAUCAUUUACCUUUUGGACCUGGCUUGAAGCAAUUUUAGACCUAAUUAAGAAACACAUUCUUCCCCUUUGGAUUGAUGGGUACAUCAUGGGCUUUGUUAGCAAAGAAAAGGAACGACUCUUACUAAAGGAUAAAAUGCCUGGGACCUUUUUGUUAAGAUUCAGUGAAAGCCACCUUGGAGGAAUAACUUUCACCUGGGUGGACCAUUCUGAAAACGGAGAAGUGAGAUUCCAUUCUGUGGAACCUUAUAACAAAGGCCGGCUGUCCGCUCUGCCAUUUGCUGACAUCCUUCGAGACUACAAGGUUAUUAUGGCUGAAAACAUUCCCGAAAACCCUCUGAAGUACCUCUAUCCUGAUAUUCCCAAAGACAAAGCCUUCGGUAAACACUACAGCUCCCAGCCAUGCGAAGUUUCAAGACCAACAGAAAAGGGAGACAAAGGUUAUGUGCCUUCUGUUUUUAUCCCCAUCUCAACAAUCCGAAGUGAUUCUACAGAGCCGCAUUCUCCAUCAGACCUCCUUCCCAUGUCGCCGAGUGUAUAUGCGGUGCUGAGAGAAAACCUGAGUCCCACAACAAUCGAAACUGCAAUGAAGUCUCCCUAUUCUGCUGAAUGACAAGAUAAACUCUUGACACUCAAAAGAAGGAAGCAAAUGAAAAAGUUUUAAAGACUGAUCUUUGCCAACAAUCACAUCUGGUUUCUUCAGCUUUGUAUAUACCAGGAAAUGAUUAAAUAUGAAGCUUUCUUCUCAUUCUUAUGACACCCCCAAAUGGGAAUGUCAUUGAAAUGCUAGAGAUCCAAGCUUCUAAUAAACUUGUGAGAUAAAACACUUUAAGAAACCAGUGUUAAUAUAAUAGUAAUGAAAGA